GUCCGCACCUUCAAUUGACUCUUUCAAGAGAAGACUGGACACUCACAGAAGCAUACUAGAAAAGGAAUAAAAUAGGCUGUAGGCCUUCUGUCCUUACUACACAAAUCUUAAUCUGAAUCUGAAUGGGACGCGGAAAAACUCAAUGAUACGGUACUUUUGCACUUUUUGUCGAAAGUCUCGGUGUCCUUAAGGUUUCAUUUGCUCUUGGUCCUAUAUAAUGUCAAAGCUACCAGUUCUUGCUAAAACUUUAGUUGAAAUAGGACACAAGCGAGUUAGAAAAAACCCUCGCGUUUAUCAAAAAGCGAAAGGAAAAUUUCUAAAAGUACGACAACCUACCCCAGUUGAUCCAGUGGAAGAUGCACUUUCCAAAAAAUGGUGGGUUGAUUACCGAUUGCAGUAUGAAGCCGUCAGGAGUCUUUUUCGAUAUGAAAUCAAUCGUCAUCAAAUGGAAGCUAUUUCUGCCUCACGAAUAGAUCAUGAACAUGAGCGUAAUAGACGUCAUGAGCUAACAGAAACCUGGAACAAAAAGACCUUUCUACUAGCCACAGAUAAAUUUGAAAGGCUCUUAAAAGCAUUGAUUGAUAAGCAAACUGAUAGACUAAUUGAUUUUGAAAAUAAACAAGCAAAGUUAUCAGACAAAUUAAAAGCUGACCUUGACACAGUAGCUAUGUUAACUGGACAGAUGAUUACGGAGACAAAUUUAGAUGAUAAAAUUGACGAAAUAAUGAAUUGUGAUGUUGUUGAUUAUAACUUCGUGGUUGACCAUAGUGGUAAUAUUGUUCGAGGAACAAAACCAAUAAAAAACGAACUUCAUAAAGUUGAUGUGGAGGAAAAUAUACAAGAAGAACCUUUGUCUGCUACAUCAUGAAUCCUUGUAGAAAUUUUUCUCACGUUCUCGGGCGUUUUUGUGCAUGAAUUUAUUUCAUAAUUAGUAUUAUAUAUACCUUGUACAUAAAAAAUACACCCAUUUAUUUCAUAUUGUAUGUUCACUUUAAAAUUUAAUCAUCUGUUCAUCUGUACGUUAUUUUGAGGGUAAAACUGUUCAGAAUAUAUGAUGCUCUUGUUUACGUUAUAUUAAACUAAAUAGGUGAAUCCCAAGUUCCUCUAUGUUUCUAUCCGGAAUCCCUUUAAAUAUCGACAGCCACUACCAAUGCGGUUAACUUAACAGUUGUUUCUUGUUCAUUUUCAAAACACGCUUGUGGCAAUGUUUCGGUUGAAUAUCAUAUUAGCCAACACUCAACUAAUGGAGCUGAGUUUUAAAAUUCAAUUUAUCUACAGAAGUUUUUGAGGCUGAAUAAUAUCAUUCCUCACUCAAUAUGUGGCUUAUAGUUCAGUACAAUUAACUUUGCAAAAAAUCCAUUCAACACAGGUUUGUCAUACACGGUUUUUAGCAACUUUUUUUGUCUACCUAAGUGCCUAAGUUAAAGUAGAUGGAGGGAGGAUCUAACCCACAACCCACUGAUUAAAAGCCGAUUACUAUAGUCACUAAAUCACCACUCCCUAAGUCAUACGUUGUAGUGACUGGUGCUGUAUCAAGCCAGACUAUUCUAGCUUAUGGACGGACCAAUCCAUUCAUUCUUCUCCAGCUACAUUUUGACCUUGUCACUUAUUCGCUUAUUAACCCUGACUUUUUAUAUGACUGUGUGAGUAUAUUGCCUACUCUAUUCAUCACAUGUCCAUAACUUAUUUUUGUCUGACUACAAAUAUUGAGUCACGUUUGGUUAGAUCGAAUUGUCUCACAUGCUUUCUCCGAUCCGUUUCGCUUCGUUUCCCUAAUUGUCCGUUCAGAUCAACGAUUGUAUGAAAUAUACGUAUUUAAAAUCCAUUCUUGUGUUUGGUUUAUUUUAGUUUCGUUAUUCACUAACGCGAGUUAAGUCGUUAGUUAUGUAUGAGGGUAGCCAGGAUGUAUAUUUCGAUAGCAAUCAGCGGAUCGAUCUAACUGGAGUCAUAUACAGGGCCACAACAUAACCCGUGUUUUUUACUACAUUCGUAAAUGGAUUAAAUUAUUAAAUUGAUCUAUUGUGGUUAGAGGAUAUGUGGAGUAGUUGCUUAUAUAUUCACACUUUGAAAUGUUGGAAGUUUCAGGAAACCUUUAAUUUAUAUUGUCAAAAACUACGAACCUGAGUUAAAUCAAUCACCGGUUAUUGAUACUCAUGUAGAAUGACAUUGUUUUGUUAAAGUUUUACGAGCUAUGGAUAGUUUAAAGUUUGGCAGACCAGUUAAACUUGAUGGUUCAUUUCUGGAAAUCUUUAAGGAUGGUCUCCCGGUCUUAAUAAUGAAUAACUUUGUAACUCUAGCACACGAGAAUCAACAUUUUUGGCCAGAAUUAAAGCUUUGAAGACUGAAAUAAACUUCGUCAAUAAAGAAUAGAGCAUGUCUACAAAUAAAAUAUCUUCAAACAUAGCAACGGUGACAAGAUUUGAAGAAUAAAAUGGCUUAAUUUCAUUUCGAGGCUUCUUAUCAGCUUCAAAUGCUUAUAGUCACAAACAUGAAGUUGAGCUGGACAUUUGGGACGGAACGAGAAGUCAAACUCAGAACCUUCCGUCUCACAUGUGAAAUUCUGACAUCUAGACCACUGUGCCGGGAUCCACUCGUAUACACGUCUAGAUUCAGUCAAUCACAUUAUAUACGGUCGAGAAUAUGAUGCUUUUAGUGCACAUUGUUGACGCUAUUUUGGCGGAGCUAUAUAGAUGCUAAUGUGAUACAUAUUUUAUUUACGUUGCGUACAUUCUGUUUAUAAAUCACAUUAAUACAACAUAGAUAAUGAAAGUCGAAC